UUGAAAGUAGAGAAUCCCAAUUCAUUCAUUGAUGACUUUUUCUAUUUUUGGCAUGAAUGAAUCACAAGUUUUGUCAUUUUAACAUCACGGUCUGCUGUCGUCGGACCAUUAACUUUUAUCAUUAUUUAUUGUAACAUAGACAGUAUUCUGUGACUGUCAGACUGUGUUUGUUGAAUUGUCUUCAUCAAACUUUUGUGUAUUCAAUUAAAACUGUACAAACUUAUGUAUAAACUGGAAGCUUGUGACACUGGAUGACAUGGAUUACUAGCCAACGAUAAGUUAUUGUUAUAAGGAUACUGCUUUUAGAAUGUCUUUCAAUGGUGGUACAAAUCCGCAAGGGAAUCAAGCUCAGCGGCGCGCAAAUCUGCGCUUGUCUUUCAGUUCAAAUGGACCAAAUACACUGAGUAUUGAGAGAGAAGAACCACCUCGAUCCUUAGCUGACAUGGGACACAUAACACAAAUAGAAAGAAAUUUACGGUCUCGACAUGGAAUAGAUGCACAUGGAAGGUUGAAAUUAGAAAAAGGAGAGAUGAUUGAUUUCACGUCCGAAGAUUUAGAAGAUCUAUGUGAAAUAGGUCGUGGAAAUUAUGGUACUGUUGAUAAAAUGAAACAUAUACCAAGUGGGAAAAUAAUGGCAGUGAAGAGAGUGCGGUCGACUGUUGUUGAAAAAGAACAAAAACAGUUAUUAAUGGAUCUGGGUGUUGUGAUGCAAAGUAAUGACUGUCCAUACAUAGUUCAAUUUUAUGGUGCAUUGUUUAAAGAAGGUGAUUGUUGGAUAUGUAUGGAAUUAAUGGAAAUAUCUUUAGAUAAAUUUUAUAGAUUUGUUUAUGAAACACAACAUAGUUCAAUACCAGAAGAUAUUUUAGGAAAAAUUACAGUAGCAACAGUUAAAGCACUUAAUUAUCUAAAAGAAAAGUUAAAAAUAAUCCAUAGGGAUGUAAAGCCUUCCAAUAUUCUGCUGGACAGAAAUGGUAAUAUAAAACUCUGUGAUUUUGGUAUCAGUGGUCAACUUGUUGAUAGUAUAGCCAAAAGUAGAGACGCUGGUUGUCGACCAUAUAUGGCACCUGAAAGAAUAGACCCUAAAGUUUCCAGUAAGGGUUAUGAUAUACGCUCAGAUGUUUGGAGUUUAGGAAUAACUUUAACUGAGGUAGCUACUGGAAAGUUUCCUUUUAAAAAAUGGAAUAGUGUAUUUGACCAAUUGACGCAAGUGGUUCAGGGACCACCACCACGUAUUCAAGAUGACAUUAGGUUUUCCGAAGAAUUUAAAAAUUUUGUUUCUUUAUGUUUAACUAAAGAAGAAAGACAGAGGCCUAAAUAUACAAAACUUUUGGAACAUCCGUUCAUAAAGAGAUAUGAAGAGAUGGAAGUGGAUGUAGCAUCAUAUGUUUGUGCUGUUCUGGAUCAGCAUAAUGAAUUAAAUCCUUCACCUCAAUACAGUGCUACUCAAUCUUAACACUUAUACUAGUGCCAUAUCAGUACCUACAUAACUUGUACAUAUAAAACUACUAUACACACAAAUCUAUAUAUAAAAGAGCUAUUUUAUCACACAGUCAGAUGUGAUCAAAUAUAAAAGUGUGAAACUUGAUGUGAUAAAACAAACAAUUAAUAUUAGUAAUAAAAAAUAUCAAGUGAUGCUUCGGAAGUGCAGCUUAUUCAGACGAGUCUGCGGCAAAGAAAGUUAUCUUUAGUUUUAAACUGAAUUUAUGAUUUGUUCAUUUAUUCUGGUUGAAAGUAAAGUAUAUUUUGAAUAUAUUGAACUGUAUUAAGAAUGAUGUAUAUAUAUAUAUAUUUAAAAGUAAAAAAAGUGGGAAGGGGGUAUUUCAGAAAAUAAAAUGACUUCAGGUGUUUUUGUCAACCAAUGAAAUCUCUUUUUGAAAAUGUUUUGUAUGUUGAUUUGAGAAAACUGAAGAGGAAGAAGAAGAAAAACUAAUGGCAAAUCUUUUAUUUUUAGUUUCAACUAUUUCUUUUUCUAAAACUCUCCUCCAUACAGUAUUUCCUAAAGAUUUCAGCUUGGUCAACUAAAACACCUUUUAUUAAAAACUGAUCUAUGCAUUAUUAUUUAGAUGUCAGUUCUUUUCGUUUGGGGUCACUUCAUAUGCAAUUUGACUUUUACAAAUAAGAACAAAUUUCAUUAUUUUAACUAUAUGCGAAUUGUUGAAGGGACAGGGUUAGAAAUCUCUUUUGUAAAUGUUUACAUGUGAUCAGCUGUUUUUCUCUAUUUUUUUUCUUUUAUAUCUUGUAUAAUUCAUUUUGUACAGGUUUGUCAAAUUAAUGACAAACAUAUGAAGUAUGAAAAUUUGGUUUAAUUCAGAUUUAUAAUAGUGCACAAUUGAACAAUUUUACUGCUCCUAACUUGAGUUUAAGCCAUCCAGAAUUUUUGAAUUUAAACCAGGGCUUUUGUUGUAGUCAUAUUUGCCAAUAUUGACUGACUGCUUUUACGGUUGAUUCUAAAUUUGACUUUUAAUAUACUUUUGAUAAAAUGUGAAUUUAGCUCUAGUAAAAGAUGUGUAUUUGGUUCUAAGAAACUGUAUAGAAACCUAGCCAACAAAUUGAUUCUGUAAUACAAGAAAUUAAUCUGACCUAUACCCUAAGCUUAUCAUAUGUAAUAGCCAAGUAGCUUGGAUUAUUAUUAAAUUAUUGUUAUCUUAUUGAUGAUAUUGAUUAGCCCACGAUUUAAUUCAUUAAUAUUGAUUAUCGUAUUGUUUUGAGGGUUGUUAAGAUAAAGAGGUUAUACUAUAUACUCCAUGCUUUUAUUUUUUUGCCAGAAAAGAAAUGUGCAUAAAAUUAUCGAGAUUUGUGAUAGAAUGCAUUUAAAGCAUCAAUUUCCUGUCUUACAGUAUUUAUGUAUUUGUAUGCAGCAUUUGAUGUGGACAUACAUUGUCAUCAUGGUACCUUUGUCUAGCGAUUGGAGGUUGGGUGUCGGUCCACAAUUUCUCAUAACUGCUAUACAGAGCAGGGUUCUGGUGAGAUUUUUUUUUACAAAUUUUCAAGGAUGCUUUAUUUGGUCAUAAGAUAGAACUCAAGUGAAAUUCAAAAUUUUAUGUGUGGACUUAACCAUUAUUAGUCUUGGAAAUGGGAUACAGGAGAUAGUUCUUGAUAAAAAAAAAAAUAAAAGUGGGAUUGUUCAUAGGAACAUAAGAUGAAACCCUGUUUAACUGAAGAAUAUUUAGAUUAUGAACUAUGGAGUUUUACUUUCCUUUGACAUUUUGUCAUUUGAAGCUUGCAAGAGCUAUACAGCUAAGAGUCUUUUGUGGAAUCUUUAAAGACUUAGUUGGCUUUUUUAAAAUAUGCUCCGCAGUAUUUGUUGACAUGGAUGACUUUGAUGCUAGUAGGUGUGUUAGAGGACCGGACAAGCCACUGUCUAUAUUUUGAGAAUGAAUCAGUUGAAUUUGAUGUGUGAUUUAUGAAUUUUCUAAAGUUUUAAAGUUGAAUCUAAUCAUGUGAAUAAUUAUAUUUUCUAUGAUAAAAUAAUGUGAUGUGAUUACUGUAUUUUCCACACAUAAAGCAAUAUAAAUGUUAUACACUAUAAAAUAAUUUACUGUUAUCUCAUUUAAAGGAAAGAAAAAUAAUGCUAUUGGAAUGGACAAGGUUAUGAUUAUUCUCUAAUUAGGAGAUUAUAUGGAUAACUAAAAAAUAUAAAAAUUUCCACCAUGUAGAUUACUGGAAAUCAGAACUUAACUUGUCCAUGGAAAAUAUUAUGGUUGAAACCAAUUGUAUAUUGUAAUUAUUGCUGUAACGGCCAUAAAAAUUUCUUUUUGGCAUUAGUGAACUACAUAUUAGAUUGCUCUCCUGUACUGUAUUGUACUGAUUGGUUGAUGAAUUAGAAUUGAUGUGACUUUUAACUUGCCCACUUUAAGAAGUGUUAAUACUACUGUAAGAAAAAUUAACUAUGUAGAAUCUAAUUAGAUAACAAGUAUGGGUGCCUUAAUGUAAAUCUAACAUUACAUUUAUACGCUCUCUUAAAUACAUAUAGUUCUUUUUAAUGUAAAUCUAACAUUACAUUUAUAGGCUCUCUUAAAUACAUAUAGUUCUUCUUAGGAACAUUUUGAUGGUAAAAAUCUUGUUUUCAUCAUUGUUAUACAUGUAAAUGAAUUCUAAAAUCAAUGCUGUUGAUUGAUAUUACCUGGAUAGCAAUAUCGGAUAUGUUAGUCUAUUAGAGGCAUUUAGUAACUGAAUAGAGCAAUAAACUAUAACAAGCUCAAUAAGGUUGAGAGAAUGCCCUUGGAAAUGUCACCCAAAUAAAUUUUCCAUAAGUAUGUGUUAUAGUUUAUUGAUCAGAUAUGUUAUUGUACAGCAUGUAGAACUUAAAGAAAUCGAUAUUGUCUAAGCAUAUCCAUAAUGUUAUCCCACUGUAGCAUAAUUCAUUUUUGAAAAAAAUAUCAGACUUUUGUUAACUGUCUUUUGAAAACUUAAAACUUUUGAAAUAUUGAUAUAUAAUAAAACACUUUUAUUGCAUAAUAGCUGUUUGUGCAUUUGAGAAAAAGAUUGAAAAAGGCUUAGAUAUAUGUAGAAUUUAAGAUUUUAACAAUAAUAGGAAUGGAAUAAUGUUUUCUAUUACUAAAAAUGAAAGUAGAAUUUGAUUCCAUAGAUAUAAAAAUAGAUUCCAUUCAGAAUGUAUUUUAAUUUGUUGGUAUCUUUAUUUACUAACAUGUGACAAUAGUGAAGAGGAUUUAUCUUUAAGUUGAAAAUAUAAUAUUUUUACUGAGAAUCAUAUUAGUGCCGUAUUUGACAUAUUGAAAAUGUUUUUCUAUCCUACAAAAAUAUAAAUUGGUAGGUUUGAACAUUUGGUAAUUUUGAAAUAAUGAUUUUUAUGAAAUAUUUCAUUGUUAAAUGAAUUUUAGGUAUGAUAGUUUGUAAUAAUAAUAUAUUGUAGAUAUAUAUGAAUAUUGUUAAUAUUCCACUUCAACGACAUGUUAUAUUUAGUGCAUAUUUUUAAUACUGGAGAUGAAAACUAGGCUGUACAUAUUCUUAAAAUGAAGUGAAGAUUUGUUGGUUUUCAUGAUAAAUUAAGGAAGACGAAUAAAAAAAUAUGUCCCGACAAA